GAGCACGAAUUGCCCUGAAGGGUUAAGGUUCUGUGAAGAUGUUUCCUUUGAAAGAUACUGUGAUGGGUGCCUCCACCUUCUUUGCCUCAGCUCUGCCACAUGAUGUCUGUGGAAGUAAUGGCCUCCCUCUAACACCUAACUCCAUAAAAAUUUUGGGGAGAUUCCAAAUCCUUAAAACAAUCACUCAUCCCAGGCUUUGCCAGUACGUUGAUAUUACCAGAGGUAAACAUGAGAGACUGGUCGUAGCGGCUGAACACUGUGAAAAGAGUCUGGAAGAUUUGCUACGAGAAAGAAAGCCAGUCAGUUCUUCCAGGAUCUUAUGCAUAGCAUAUGAGGUUUUGCAAGGUUUGCAAUAUAUGAAUAAACAUGGAAUGGUCCACCGAGCGCUCUCCCCUUGCAAUAUUCUUUUGGAUCGAAAGGGGCAUGUGAAGUUGGCUAAAUUUGGACUCUACCAUAUGACUGCUCAAGGUGUUGAUGUUGAUUUUCCUAUAGGGUACCCAUCAUAUCUGGCACCUGAAGUGAUUGCACAGGGAAUAGUCAAGCCAAGUGAUCAUACUCAGUGUGAGAAGCCUCUGCCUUCUGGCCCUAAAUCAGAUCUGUGGUCUCUUGGCAUAAUAUUAUUUGAGCUUUGCAUGGGGAGAAAAUUAUUUCAGAGUUUGGAGAUUGCAGAAAGAUUGAAAUUUAUACUUAUGUUAGGCUGUGUAGAUGAUAUUGUAACUGUAUUGGCUGAAGAACAUGGUUGCCUUGAUAUUAUUAAGGACCUUCCCGAAAAUAUCAUAGCUCUACUGAAGAAAUGCCUUACGUUCCAGCCUUCUAAGAGGCCAACUGCAGAGGAAUUGCUGCAUGACAGUUUGUUCAGUGAAGUAUCCUCACUAUAUCCUCCCUUCCACAAAUCUGCUGGUCUGUUCUCAUCUUCUCCAAGGUGUGCUAAUUUAACGCUUCCUGAAGACAUAAAUCAAUUAUGUAAAGAUGAAGAUAGUGAUUACUUAGCAGAAAGAUCAAUUGAAGAGGUUUAUUAUCUCUGGUGUUUGGCUGGAGGAGACUUGGAGAAAGAACUUGUCAACAAGGAAAUCAUUCGAUCAAAGCCACCUGUCUGCACACUCCCCAACUUUUUAUUGGAAGAUGGUGAGAGCUUUGGGCAAGGACGAGAUAGAAGUUCCCUCCUAGAUGACACAACUGUGACUUUGUCUCUGUGCCAGCUCCGAAAUAGACUGAAAGAUGUUGGUGGGGAAGCAUUUUAUCCAUUGCUUGAAGAUGACCAGUCAACUUUACCUCAUUCAAACAGUAGCAAUGAGCUCUCUGCAGCUGCUAGUCUUCCUCUGAUCAUCCGGGAGAGAGACACAGAGUACCAGCUGAAUAGAAUUGUCCUGUUUGACAGGCUGUUGAAGGCCUACCCAUACAAGAAAAACCAAAUUUGGAAAGAAGCCAGGGUUGACAUCCCUCCUCUUCUGAGAGGUAUAACCUGGGCUGCCCUGUUGGGUGUUGAGGGGGCCAUACAAGCAAAGUAUGAUGCCAUUGAUAAAGACACACCGAUUCCUACAGACAGACAAAUUGAAGUUGAUAUUCCUCGUUGCCAUCAAUAUGAUGAAUUGCUGUCAUCACCAGAAGGUCAUGCAAAGUUUAGACGUGUAUUGAAGGCCUGGGUCGUUUCCCAUCCUGAUUUGGUGUACUGGCAAGGUCUUGACUCUCUUUGUGCACCAUUUUUGUACUUGAAUUUUAACAAUGAAGCUCUAGCAUAUGCUUGCAUGUCAGCUUUUAUCCCAAAGUAUUUGUACAACUUCUUUCUGAAGGAUAAUUCUCAUGUUAUUCAAGAAUACCUGACGGUGUUUUCCCAGAUGAUUGCAUUCCAUGAUCCAGAGCUGAGUAACCACCUUAAUGAAAUUGGCUUUAUUCCAGAUGUAAGUGCUAAGGGUCCUUAUAAGUAUUAUUCAAAGAAAUUAAAAAAUGGAAAAUGA